GGCGCGGGGGGCUUUGCCCAAGAUGGCGGCGCCCUGAGCGGCACGGCCGAGCCAUGGCGGCCCCGGGAGAGGCGCCGGGAGAGGCGCUCCGGGCCGUGCUCCGGCCCAGCGCGGCCCUCCCGGCCGAGGCCCUCCCGGUGCGCGGGUACGACUUCUCGGGCGGCGCGGACCACGCGGCGCUGCUCCGCUCCUUCCGCACCACCGGCUUCCAGGCCACGAGCUUCGCGCAGGCCGUGGCGGAGAUCGAGCGGAUGAUCGCGGCCAAGCUGGAGCCGCUGAGCGCGGAGCAGCGGGAGAGAGCGGCCAUGGCCGGGCCGCGGCCGCCCUCGGGCUGCACCAUCUUCCUGGGCUUCACCUCCAACCUCGUCAGCUCCGGCGUGAGGGAGAGCAUCCGCUACCUCGUGCAGCACGGCAUGGUGGACGUGCUGGUGACCACGGCCGGGGGGGUCGAGGAGGACCUGAUCAAGUGCCUGGCGCCCACCUACAUCGGGGACUUCCAGCUGCGGGGCCGGGACCUGCGGGAGAACGGCAUCAACAGGAUCGGGAACCUGCUGGUGCCCAACGAUAACUACUGCAAGUUCGAGGACUGGCUGAUGCCCAUCCUGGAGAGGAUGGUGGACGAGCAGGACACGCAGGGCGUGCGGUGGACGCCGUCCCGGAUGAUCGCCCGGCUGGGCAAGGAGAUCAACAACCCCGAGUCCAUCUGUUACUGGGCCCAGAAGAACAACAUCCCGGUGCUGAGCCCCGCGCUCACCGACGGCUCCCUGGGGGACAUGAUCUUCUUCCACUCCUACAAACGCCCGGGGCUCGUGCUGGACAUCGUGGAGGAUCUGCGCCUCAUCAACACCCAGGCCAUCUUCGCCCACAAGACCGGCAUGAUCAUCCUGGGCGGGGGCCUGGUCAAGCACCACAUCGCCAACGCCAACCUCAUGAGGAACGGCGCCGAUUUCUCCGUCUACGUCAACACGGCGCAGGAGUUCGACGGCUCCGACUCGGGCGCGCGGCCGGACGAGGCCGUGUCCUGGGGCAAGAUCCGCGUGGACGCCACCCCCGUCAAGGUCUACGCCGACGCCUCGCUCGUGUUCCCGCUGCUCGUGGCCGAGACGUUCGCCCGGAGCGCAGACGCCUUCGCGGUGCCCGCGGGGACCCCCGAGGCAUGAGGGACCCCCGAGGCAUGGGGGACCCCUGAGGGCUGAGGGACCCUCGAGGCGUGAGGGACCCUCGAGGCCUGAGGGACCCCCGAGGCCUGAGGGAUCCCCGAGGCGUGAGGGACCCUCGAGGCAUGGGGGACCCCUGAGGGCUGAGGGACCCCCGAGGCAUGGGGGACCCCCGAGGCAUGGGGGACCCCCGAGGGCUGAGAGACCCUCGAGGCAUGAUGGACCCCCAAGGCAUGAGGGACCCUCGAGGCAUGGGGGACCCCCAAGGAAUGAGGGACCCCUGAAGCCUCAGGACCCCUGAGGCCUGAGGGACCCCCGAGGCCUGAGGGACCCCCAAGGCCUGAGGGACCCCUGAGGCAUGCAGGACCCCUGAGGCCUGAGGGACCCCCCCGAGCUCAUCUUUGGGUGUGCUGUACCUCAAAGCUGGGGGACAGUGGGGCGAGUCCCCCUGGGGGGGACAGGGGCCCCCCACGCCUGCACCCCUGUGUCCGUGUGUCCCCCCCGUCCCCUUCCCCUCAGUGCUGGUGUUUAUUUAUUCGAGCUCCCAAUAAAGCACGGCAGGGUCUCCA